UGUCAGAUAACUUAAAAAACAGUCACUCACACUUAUUAUUUUCAGUUAAUUUCAAAAGUGACUAAAUUUUUCGAAUUAUAUUUGGAUAGACUUGAAACCCGAGGGAUUUUCCACACAAGGAAUUCUAUAAUCCGCAUUAACUAUGGCAACCAAAGCGGGAAAAGGCGAUGGGAAGCAGGUCAAAGGGAAACUGAGGACCUCCAAAAACAAGACCGAGGGAGGCGGAGGAGGAGGUGGCGAUGCCGAUGACUUCGAUGCCUGGAUGAAGUCCCGCCAGCUGCUCAAGCCCGAUGACCAGUUGGAGCUCACUGAGGCCGAGUUGGGCGAGGAGGUCACCAAGGUCCUGACCCCCACAAACACCAAUGUGAUCCGGAACCUUGUGGUCUACAGCUUCAAGGAGGGCGAGUUUGUUUUAGCUCCCAUUCCGGGUAACACAGUCACCUUGAUUGCCUUUCCCGGCAACUCACUGCAUGUCGACUCCGAGGAGGGUCGUCGCCAGAUCGAGGAGUCGGAUGAGAUCAGCUACCCACUUCCCAUGCCCAACUACCAGGUGGUGGAGCAGCGCGAAACCGAAAACCUCGACGGAGAAGAGGGUGAGGGCGAAGAGGACGACGAUGGUGCUAACGCCAAGGACGCCGGCGGAGAGGAGGAGGAAGUCGAGGAGGAGGACGACGAGGAGGCCAAGGGCACCGAGGGCGAUGAAGGCGAAGGAGAGGGUGAGGGAGAAAGCGGGGCUGCUCGUCCUGAAGACGGAGAACCCGCCCAACAAGCCGGUCCUGCUUCUUCAAAGAAAAGGAAGCUGAUCAACCAAUUCAACUAUUGCGAACGCGGUGCUCUAACCUAUACAAAUCCCAAAAGGAGUGUGGACACCCAGACAAUUCCACCGCCUCGCUCUCAGUUUGGAGCUAAUGUUCUGCAGUGGGUCAUCUAUGAUUCCUAUAUGGAGAAUUUCGAGGAACAGCAGAAGGAAAGUAGUGGCAAGAAAGAGGAUCGAAAGCGAGGCAGACGGGCCAAGAAGUUCAGGGAUAAGUCCGCCAUUGCCGAGCAGUUAAACAAAAAGUAUCUCAAGUGCUGGCAGAUCCUCGAGCGCAUGAUAAACCAGAAUAUCUACGACGAUAUUGCCCAUGAUUAUCGCUAUUGGGAGGAUCCUGCUGAUGAGUUUCGGGAUGGCGAGGGCAACCUGCUGCCCCUCUGGAAGUUCCAAUACGACAAGACCAAGAAGAUGAAUGUCACAGAUAUCCUAUUUAAUCCUAGCUACUAUGACUUAUUUGCUGUCUGCUUCGGAUCACAUGACUUUAUGAAGCAGACUAACGAGGGUUAUUUGUGUCUCUUCACUGUCAAGAAUCCUUCAUUCCCAGACUACAUAAUUCAAACCGACAGUGGUGUUAUGUGCUGCGAUAUCCAUCCAACAUAUCCUUUUCUGGCGGUUAUCGGUCUCUAUGAUGGAAAUGUGGCAGUGUACAACCUUCGGGAGAAUUGCAAGGAACCCUUGUAUGUUUCCAAAGGAGUAAAGUGCAAGCACGGCGAAUGCGUUUGGCAAAUAAAGUGGGGACUUGACAUGAGCGACGGCGAAGUCAACUUCUUCUCUGUGUCUUCCGACGGGCGGGUCUUCAACUGGAUCCUUAUGCAGAACAAACUGUGGGUCACCACCAUCAUCACAUUGUAUCGGGAAAAUGGACUCGUGGACGGACCAGAUGGAACUAAGGUCAGCCUGAAGAGCGGAGGAUCCUGCAUGGUGUUUCAUCCCCUUGACAAUAAGGUAUUUUUGGUGGGUACCGAAUGUGGAUUCAUCUAUAAAUGCAGCACUGCAUUCAGUUCCAAAUACCUGAUGACCUACAAUGCCCACAACAUGUCCGUUUACCGCAUCGAUUUCAACCGCUUCAACAGCAACAUUUUCGUGUCCUGUGGCGGCGAUUGGAGGGUCAAAGUCUGGGAGGACAUGCGUGCUGAUCCGCUCUUCAUCUUCGAUUUGGGAGCCGCCGUGGGCGAUGUGAAGUGGGCUCCCUAUUCCAGCACCGUAUUCGCUGCAGUGACCACCGAGGGCAAAGUGCACGUUUUCGAUUUAAAUGUGAAUAAAUACAAGCCCAUUUGCGUGCAGGCUGUGGUUCCGAAAAGAAAGAACAAACUUACCAGAUUGGCCUUCAAUGAGAAACUCGCCUUUAUCGUUGUGGGUGAUGAAAAGGGCGUGACCACAUCUCUGAAGCUUUCACCCAAUCUCCGCAUGAUGGUCAAGCCGCCUAAGAAACAACUGUAUCUCGACCAGCAUACACUGCAAGUUAGCAAGUUGGAGAAGCUCCUUUCCCUCGUUCGGGAACUUCCAGAGGGAACAGUAAUUCCCGAUGCAGCCACUACUGUGCGAACAUAAAUCCAACCUUGAAUACUCAAACAUCCCAGCAGUGCAAACACUUAUAGUCUGAUUGUAUGUAUUUUAUUUUACACAUAUAGAUCUGCUGGUUCUAAAAGAAUCUUGAUUCUUCCGUCUUGUGUUGUGUUAUGUUCCUAUUAAUCUAACAAAAAAUUAGCUAUCAACGUGUAAUCGAAGUCUACCAACAAAAGGAACUUAGAUUCAAUGUAAAUGUCACAAAAUUGUAUAAAUGCUUAGAACAGAAAUAAACAUUCAAUAGCACUGUA